GUACUUUGUCUUUGAAUAGGCUCACGUUGGCUGAUCGAACCAAAAUAUUGGAUAGUCAGUUUUCCGCGUACUCCUAUAAAUCUGGAUUCGAACCAAAGAAGGUUAGGUUAGCUGGGGCAGGUUGGUGCACUGCUGCGGCGGACCCAUCCGCAGAAUAUCUACAGAUCGAUCUGCAAAACUUUUACAAAAUUGAAAUUAUUGUUACGAAGGGAACAAGUUCUAGCUGGGUAAAAUCAUAUUAUUUGGACUACAGUUUUAACGGAGCUGAUUGGACGCAAGCUAAAAUCAGAGAUGAAAGACGAGUGAGUAUGAUUUGAUAUUAGAAUAAUACGAAACUAUAGUUUUUCAUAUCUGUGAGGAUGGUUUUGAAAUGGAGUUGGAACAUGGCGGACAUGGUUUAUAUGGUUUAUUCUACUUCCUUCGUAAUUUGCAUAGCACGUUGAAAUAUGGCUUAAACUGUAAACAUGCAGUCAUGAAUUCUAUAACACGACGUUGUUAAUCGCAAAAUCUGAUAAUACAGUAGGUCCUUUGCAACUUAGUCUGUUGAAGUAUUUAGUGUAAUUUUGGCCCAGGGUUCAGUUACUGCCUAUUCUGCAUUUUCAAUAUUUGUACAUGCAGAGGUUAGUUUUUUACGACAUUUGUCUAUUUAACUCAAAAUAAGAAUACCGCACCAGUGCCACUAGGAACAACUGAAAAUGCAUUAAUAGGGCAAAAUAUAAAAAGUUCUAUAAUGCCAUGCAUAUUCUUUAAAAACGCAAAUAUGUCACUUUCUUUAAAAGCCAAAAUCGGACGUGGUAUAUCGUUAAGGCGCAAUUGCAGUCCUCGCACGAAGCUCCUCGCUGCGAGUGCUUGCAUCUAAUUAAAAUUAGCUCUUAAGCAUUGUGAUUGGAUGAAAGUGCUCAUGCAUGCACUCGCUGCGAGGAGCUUCGUGCGAGGACUGGAAUCGCGCCCAUAAGGCGGCACAAUCUCGUUCCCAAAGUAUGCCUGUUCGCGGGUUAUGUAGUAGCAUGAAUAGGCGAGACUGAAGUUUCAGCCCCUCAAUGGCAGUGAACUCUAUAAAAACAGCAACAAUAACUCGGGCUGUGUUGUUGAAGCCCGUCUUGUAUGAAUUCAGUAGGAAAAAUCGGCAUCAUUUCAUGCAGAAAUUUUUCGGCCGACUAUUUUUUAAGUUCGGCUUUACCGUGGCCCUAAGAAACUAGAGCAACUGAUCUUUCGGAAUAACCAAAUUUUAGAUCAUGAAAUGCAAAAGAAACAACCCGCGGAGAGACACCAGCAAAAUUCUGUUUUACCGGACUAUAUGAGGGAUUUGACCUGAACACAGAAUGAUAUGGACUGCAGCUGCAUCAAUCUUAUACAUUUUCUUUUAAUUUUUAGAUAUGGUAUUCACCAUUAAAAUGUGCAUUUAUGUGCAAAAAUUGAAAAACAUCGAUCGGAAAACUUUAGUCAUUUUUCAGCUUCCGCGAAGCCCACGCGAAAAACACGCGUGUUUUAUAGCUACAAGAGAGCACUCUAUAGGCCGCCAUCUUGGGUUCACCCAAUCACAGGACAGUUUACCUGGAGUUAUCGUUCCAGUAUUUAUAGAGUUCACUGCUCAAUGGUCGCCAUUUUGUCAGUGUUUCCACUUUGCGAAAUUGCAAUUUCCUUGAAAUUUUCGGAGGAUUUGCAAGUGAGCAUUUGAACCCACAACAUCCAGUAAAUCAGAUUCUUCUACCGCUCAUUGCAAGUCUUGAAGUGUUUUGUUUAUUUUCCUUUCCAGACCUUGUCAGGAAAUUUUGACUCCUCCACACCUCAGUAUCAUUUCUUCGAGAAACCGAUUGAGGCGAGAUUGUUGAAGAUAAUUCCAGAAGAAUGGGAAGGAGAUUUUCUAUGCCUGCGUUUUGAUUUCUUGGGCUGUCAGUUUGGUAUGUUGUUUAUUAUCUUUCUUACGGAUGCAUCGAAUAUCCAGCCCGACACUGAGAUGAUCUCAAUAUCCGGCUGGAUGCUUCUAAUCAUAGUCGUUCGAGACAUGGUCUGGAAACUCAGUAAACUCCUGCAGGCUGCUCCAUUUACUGUUCUAGAACAUUUGGAACACUGUUCUGGAACGAUAUAAAAUGGAGUGCGCACGGUGUUCUGGAACAGUGUUUAGUUUAUUAUAUAUGCGUGCAACCAUGCAUCAUUACUAGCUAUAUUCAUUAUUAUGCUUGUGAUGUUACUCUGAGUGUAUAUCCACACCGGACAAGCUUGAAAAAUAUGCCUGACCACGGUGGGAAACGAACCUACGACCUGUGGAAUGCUAGCCCAAUGCUCUGCCAACUGAGCUACGCGGUCUGGUCGGUUCGAGUAUGUGAUAUUUCGGAACAGAAUCUAGUUGCUUCAAUAUCAAUGUAAUCUAAUAACCAUGAUUUUUUCUGUGUUGGUGUAAUGUACUCAGGUGAAUAUGAUGCUUGUGAUGUUACUCUGAGUGUAUAUCCACACCGGACAAGCUUGAAAAAUAUGCCUGAAGCAACUAGAUUCUGUUCCGAAAUAUCACAUACUCGAACCGACCAGACCGCGUAGCUCAGUUGGCAGAGCAUUGGGCUAGCAUUCCAAAGGUCGUAAUUUUGGUUCCCACCGUGGUCAGGCAUAUUUUUCAAGCUUGUCCGGUGUGGAUAUACACUCAGAGUAACAUCACAAGCAUCAUAUUCACCUGAGUACAUUACACCAAUAUAUUCAUUAUUAUUCGCAUAAUAAAGCGUAUAAUGAUUCGCUGUUAUUUGUACAUCUACGUAUGCUUUUGCAACGUUUUUACUCGUUGAUUUUGCCCAACCGUGGCGUUCAAAUAGCAUAUGAUAAGUAUAUGUCGAAAUAUAGCGGUUAACCCUUCAAAAUAACGCUCUAUACAGUGUGCAUUGGAUACACAAAAUAUGUCGCCUCAUUUCCAAUCACGUGAAAAUAGGCAGUGUCACGUGUCUGUUCUGGCUGCCCCUACUCGAAAAUCGGGGUAGUCAGAACAGUUCAGAACAGUCAUGCGACUGUCUUCUGUCCCAUUCCAUUAGUGUUCCGAAAAUCUGGAGUACUGCGAACAGUAAAUGAAGCAGCUUGCAAAGCGGUUAUAAUGAGCUGGAAGUUUAUGUUGAGCCGUACCUUACACCGUGCACAUCCUUUGUUUUAGGUUUAUUAAUAUUUAAAUAGCAUGGUUGAAUAACUGAACUGAAACGUUGCUAUUGGCUGAUUCGUUCUUUAUACUGAAAUACAAUGUGUUCAUUGACCGUGCACCGUGCACAAAACUGCAUAAACGCGAACAAAAAGAUAGAACAAAGACUUUAGCGGAGGAGUUUCCAAACCAUGUUUUGAAAGACUAUGUUCCAGUAUCCGGUCGGAUACCGCAUAUUGUUUACAUAAGGUUCAGACCUUGUUUUCAGGUUAAUAAAAUGAUUUGAUAUUGUUACAACGGUAUGGAUGUCUAUAUUAUCUUUACUUGAAAUGAUCAGAGAGAAGCUGGCAAUAUUGUCUUGCUUGUUUACGAAUGCGAGAAAAAGGAUUUUACCGGCAAUUUUCACAACGUUUUUCACAAAUUUCACAAACUGUUUGGAUCAAUAGUGCAUACAAUAUAUUAUCAAUACAGUUACAUAAGAAUUAAUAAUUUGAAGAUCCAAAAAGGCGGUAUGAAUGAGACUCUUGAAAAAGGAUCCAUGCAAGGCACUAGCCGAGAAUUUAGAUUUUGUGUACUUAAAUGUUACACAUAUUAGUAUAUACUCAUGUGUAUUAAAAAAUUAAAUGGAAGAAUGAAUUAAGAAAGGGAAAGUACCGACCUACCUUAUCCUAAGUUUUUACAAGAAGAAAUAGGAAACCCACAUAUUUUUUUGGCCUCACAAAUGCCGUUUGAUUGUAUUAAUGCCGUUUGAUAGAUGUUAAGUAUGGUGCUUACGGACACACAUACAAACAAACAUAACCUCCGACCAAAACGAGGGUUUGUCUGACAUAUUUUAGAAUUAUGUCCAAGUUUGCAUACAGAUGUAAAUUUGUGAUUGGUGACUGCAAGUGCUUUUCUGAAUGAAAUUAAAACAUUUUAUGAGUGGUGGGGGUGGGGAUAGUGGUCAAAAGUUACUCCCUCCCGCCAGGCUUUUAGCCAGAAGGGCGUCCACGCGUCCUGGGACACCCCUAGAACAAAAAAUGGACGCCCAAAUUCUGGGGAAAAAGGGAAAUUAUUUUCAAUUAUUUCCCUAAGUAUAUUAAUAUAUUUGAAACGAAAUAGCUUCAAUUCUCAUUAUCAUUACACAUUUUGAUCAAUUUGAUGGUGUACCUGGCUGAAUGAAAAUGCCGUAGUUAAGUAAAGAAGCAUAGCGGCACAAUCUGAAAAAUUUCGAACAAGCUUGGAACAGAUACUGACAUGAAGCAUGGAUAAUAAAAUAAAUGGAUUGGAAACUUCUGACGUCAUUGACUGCAUCCUUGUUGAAAAACGUGACGUCACGCGUAUUGCGAAUGUUACCAAAGUUCUCGGCAUUUUUGUUGUUUUGCUAUAUUUUCCACUUUAAAAGGGUGAUCUUGAAGCGUAAACUGGUCUAAUUGUUUUAAAAACAUGCCUAAGCCACGACAAAGUAUUCAAGGUAAAUGUUUUUCGUCUUUGUUUUGUAUUUUUUACAUUUGUAGCUACGAAAUUGGCGUCACAAAUUUUAACGAAAUUUGCGAUGUAUUUUUCACUGUUUAGUGCUUGAAAUAUUUGCUAAAAUUGACUGGGAAUACUUAGAGUUUUCAUCGUAGAAUGGCGUGGUUACAUUUAUUUGCUCUUUGACUAAAAUGUUUAGCUGUAUUAUUGCUAAACAUGCCGUUUUUGAGAAUUUGGUUUUCAACUAGGUUGAGGCACCCAGCCACGCCAUCAAUCCCAGUAAAAACAUUAGGUCACGUCAGCUAGUUUCAUAUCCAUUUAUUUUAUUAUCCAUGCAUGAAGUAACGUAAACUUCAAAGGUUUUCCAGAGGAACGUUUUCUCAACAUCCCCCCUCUUUACUGUAGAUGUAUCGUUGUACCAAAAUUGGACGCCCUCUUAGGACCCUGGCUAAAAGCCUGCCUCCCUCCCCUCAACAGUGGGAGGGGGUGGGGGUUCGCCCCUCAUCGUACGUCAAUGAGAGUACAUCGUAUUUUAUCUAGAUCCUUGUGAAAGUUGUGACAGCGCCGUGUCAUACUGCAAUGAAACAACGUCCUGGACUUGUAAAUGUUCAGAAGGCUUGGAAAUGGAUGACGGUGUUUGUAAAGGUAUUUCGAUCAUCUGAACUAACUUUUUAUUAUACUGGAAAAACAGGGCAAAAUAAAUCUAUCGCUGCUUCAUUAUUUAUACAAAGCCAAGCUAUUUGUUUCUAAAUUUCAAGGACGUGUACGAGCCAAGUAUACCCAACAUAGCCGAAAAUUUCGGUUCCAGUUACCAGACCUGGAAAUAGUGGUGGAUCCUGGGAACGAUGUUCCUAGAAAAUGUUUUGAUUGCUAGAGAAGAUUUUCAAUUUUCUUUGGCAGAAAGUUUUGGAAUUUCUUUAAAAAGAUUGUGCAUAAAAAUCAACAAAAAGGUUAAAAAUUUCCCAGUCUAAAGAAAUUUUCGUAGAACUGAAAACGCUGAUAUAAGUGAUAUCACCUGAUACACAAAUCGAUCUCAAAAAAGUUUUUUAAUUUUUCACUUGAGCAUACAUAAAAAUAUUCCUUGAAAUUUAAAUUUCUUUAUCACGCAACUUGCAAAUGUCAAAUUAGGUAGUAAUGAAUGCUUAUAAAUUAUAAAUACAACUGUAAUAAGCUAUUACACUAUAUAAGCAUUUAUUACAAUUUAAUUUGAUAUGCUAAGGCCUAAGUUACUAACAUUAGUAACAUAGAAUUAAUUAAUAUUAUCCAAUACCCAAUUUAUUGAUUAAUUGAAUAGAUUUUGUUAACAGUGAAGACUGUGAAGCACAGAUAAUGCUGUUAAACCAACUAAAUUUUAUCAUAGAGUUUUCAAAGAAAAUGCCCCCCGGCCUAAAUUUGAUAACAGUGUUUUCAAAGAAAAUAUCCCCCCCCCCCCAGCUAGAAUCCAAGAAAGGCUAGAAUUAUUUCCAGGUCUGCCAGUUCCAGUAUUUCAGGUCUACAAAUUAUUGCCGGUCAUCGGACAAUGUCGACAAAACAUUUAACGGUUAUAUACUGCGAACUCGAGUUGUAUAUGAGCUGACAGCCUACGAGAUGAGGAGCACCGAGUUGGAUAUCAACCACAUAAAACUCUAUAGGGCCUAAAAAAAUACUUGUGGUUCCGGUUUCAUAUCGUGAAAAAAUUAAGGCCGGUAGGUCGGAAAUAAAUUUUUUUUUGAAUAUUUUUUUCAUGGUUUUGGCGAUUUUUUGCUGGGCGAUUUGCAGUAGAGUCCCGACAUCAAUAUUAACUAGAGAUGCGUAGUUCCUAUGGACGAAAUUAGGCAAUUUGAUUCAAUAAUUAGUGUGACAACAGACGCCACUUUGGCACGCUGUAUGAGCAGCCCGCAACCACCCGGAGAAAAUAGGGUCGCACGGUCAAUCGCGUUGAAAAAAUAAUAGGGUCGGCAGAAAAAAUAGGGUCGGUCGGGAACCGGAAUCACAGGUAUUUUUUUAGGCCUAGACAAUUACUGAAUUCAGACUCAUCUGUAUGGCAAUAUCUGGACAGUUAGUUUAGCGAUGCUCACAACUUGCCCUAAACCUGAUAAACUGCUAUUUCUUUAAAUAAUACUUCCGACAUUGCUUGAAAUGUUUAUAUUUUAAGGUUUUUUAAACAAAACACGUUCUUGUUGAUUUCACAUCUAUAAGUUGACCUUGUUUUUAAUUCAGUUUAAUUUCUUCCAAAAAAUUAUAUUCUGUUCAUGUUUACAAAAUGUUUUUGUCUUCGCUCUCUCGACAUUAUUUUUUGGUAAAAAUACAUUUUUUAGCUAGUUUUAAAUGUUAAAAAUCUAUUUGCUAACCUGUAAAUACUUGCUGGGACUAUUCUCAUCCUGUUUUUGUUUCUUUUAAUGCUAUUAAAAGCGAAUAACUUACUGUUUUAGAUGCACUGCAGCGCAGACCAACAUGUCCAGCCGAACUACAUCAUGCUUAUUUUUAAGAAUUAUGAAAAUCUUUACUUUGUCCAUCGCCCGACAAAAACUGUUAAAUGUCCGACCAAGCAAAAUAUUUAUUUGUAGGCCUGGUGUUUCCCCUAUUUACCCCCGCCUGUUCUACAACAGUUCGACCGCUACCUUGUGCCCCGUAAUUUUCAUUACCCACGAAAAAGGCCUGGCGCACUUUACUCCUUUUUCGAAUUUCUGCCGGCAUGCAAAUUUUAAAUUACGUGCAUUUUAAGUACUGUUUAAUAAACGAGCAGGAGUGUUUUAUUAGGUUUAAAGCCACGAGCGCGCAGCGCGAGUGGCUUUAGACCUAAUAAAACACGACCUGCGAGAACGGCUUCAAACACGACUACAAAUUCAAUAGAUAUACUGCCUUAUUAGUAUUCUUUAUAUAAAGAAUACUAAUGAGGACACGACUACAAUAGAUACUGCCUUAUUAGUAUUCUUUAUAUAAAGAAUACUAAUUAGGAGUGUUUUAUCAGGUUUAAAGCCACUGCACGUGACAUAUUAUGGUUGACAUGAUUUGCCAAUUAGCUUAUGAAUUAUUAAUGAGUGUUUGAACAAUAUUUAAGCCCCGUUUACACGAGCAAUUUUUAUUUGACAAAUUUCAUUUGAUCAAAUGCAUUUGAUCAAAAGCUAGCAUCAAAUGCAUUUGUCACAAUAAAUUUGCCACAAAUAUAUCAUCUAUACACGUGCAAAAUUUCUUUGACAUGAAAUUUGUCAAAUAAAAUUUGCUCGUGUAAACGGGGCUUAUAGCUCUCAAAAACUUAAAAUAUGAUUGCAAUUUUUCAGCCACAUUUUGUUACGAAUUUUGUUUGCAGGCACGAAAACUAUUAACGAGCCUUGGUCUGGGGCAAAUUAUACGAGAGAAAACAUUAAUUAUAUAUGAUUUAUUUAGAUAAAUGCAGAAGCUGUAACGCGAGUACAUACUGUGAUAAAACGACCGACUGGAAUUGUACAUGUAUUGAAGGCUAUGAAAUGGACGAUGGGCAAUGCAAAG